UUCUCCUUUUGAGGAAGCAUCAUCAUGUGUCUCAAAACACAACACAUAGUUGAAGUAGAGGCAGACAUUCAAACGGAGGUCGCCUCCGUUCAAACAAGUGCAGUUGCUGAAUCUCACUCCACUGAUCAAGAAAGAAAACUGAUGCAGUCAUGGGACGAUAUGGUAGAAAAAAGCUUAAGAAACUUCGGGUGGAUGGAGUUCCUGCAAGCUGUGCUCGUGGCCGUCGCAAUGUUCUUUGAUGCACAACAAUCCUUCAUCAGCAUCUACACAGACAACUACCCCACAUGGCAUUGUACAAACCACACCAUGUGCUCCUCUUCCUCUGACAUUUGCAAAAUCCCCAAAUCCUCUUGGUCAUGGGACUCACACCCUUCCAUGACCAUCAUAUCCCAUUGGAGCCUUGAAUGCGCUAGCACCUUUGUCACCGGUUUACCCCAGUCUUCCUUCUUCAUAGGAGGCCUUCUGGGAUCCUCUAUUCUCGCAGCCUUAGCUGAUUCAUCAGUGGGGAGAAAAAACAUGCUUGUUCUCUCUUGUGUUUUAAUGUCAAUCACCUCCACACUCAUCAUCUUCUCCCCCAACAUAUGGGUCUACUCUGCCUUGAAGUUCUUGAUCGGCUUCUGGCGUUCGUCCAUUGGGACCUCUGUCUUGGUUUUGCUCACGGAGAAUGUGAGUGUAGAGUGGAGAUUCAGCGUGGGGACUGUGGAGUAUUUCACCUUCACGAUUGGAUACAUGUCUCUUUCAGGUAUAGCUUAUGCCACCAAAAGUCUCUCUUGGAGAUUUCUUUACCUCUACACUUCACUCCCUGCUCUGUUAUACUCUAUUCUUGCUUAUCUCUUCAUAAACGAAUCCCCCAAGUGGCUUCUCAUGCACGGUCGAGUCAAAGAAGCCAUGAGAAUUCUUAAAGGAGUAUCCUUACCUGAAAACGAUGCUAAUUACCUCACAAGCUUCAAAACAAAAGAAAAUGUUUCAUUUUUUCAACUUUACUCUUCAAUAGUAGAGUUGUUCAAGAGACGUUGGGCUCUUACGAGAAUGGUGGCGACCAUGGUACUUGGAAUUGGUGUUGGGUCGGUGUAUUUUGCCUUGGCCUUAGCGGUGGAAAACAUGGGAUUUAACAUUUAUUUGGCUGUGGUUUUCAGUGCUCUGAUGGAAAUCCCUUCUUGCAUAGUUGCCUAUUUCUUGGAAAACUUCAGAAGAAAGCCAUCUAUUAUUGUUUUCUCGCUAUUGUGUGGGAUAUGUUGCCUGUUGUGUGUUGCCAUUGGUGAUAAGGCACCAGAAGCCAAAGUGGGGCUAGCAAUAGUAGCCUUUUUUGGUGCUUGUGUAGCCUAUUUUGUCUUCGUCAUUUACAUCAUUGAGUUGUUUCCCACAUGUGUAAGGUUCACUACAACAUCAUUGGUGAGACAAGCUAUUACAUUCGGUUGCAUUUUCUGUCCAUUUUUUAUAUCUGCUGGGAGGAAAAAUAACAUUUAUUCUUAUGGGGUGUUCGGGCUUGUCAUAAUGUGCUCCAAUUUGACAUUGUUUGGCUUGCCAGAGACCAUGGGGAUAGUACUCUGUGACACCAUGAAUCAACAGGAGGAAAAGGAAACGUACUUGAGUAAACCGAAGACCAAACAAGUCGCUAUUUGUGAGGCCAUGGAUCUACAAGAGGAAAAAGGAGACUUUUUUUUAUUGACGUAGAGUAAAUAUGAGACUUGUCUGUGUGAGGCACAGACAAGUUCAUCCAAACUCAUUGAUGUUUGUCUGUC